GAGGCCAGAGGCCGGGUUGCUGUUAUUCACAGCGUACUGAAGAUCUAGACAGAAGGGCCAGCUGGAGUGGUGGCCGGCUAUAAAGAUCAAAAGAGAGCCGAGCUAUAAUGGGGUUUUAAUCACAGCUCUACCCCUGGGUGGUGCUGGGCAAGUCUCUGGCCCCUGAAAACCUGCUCUUUCUGUUGCUUUGUCUGCCGAAGACUUGGCAAGCUGAGCUCUGCUUUCGGUUGGCUCAGCCUCAUAACUCUGAGAGCAGAGUGUCACUUUAGAUAGAAAUGUCAUCAAGAGCUUGGGAAGAAAGGGCCUCCCUAUCCAGUAUGGACAGGAAGGUUGCAGUCCAUGAAGAUGGCUAUCCUGUGGUCUCUUGGGUCCCUGAGGAAGGAGAGAUGAUGGACCAGAAAGGCAAGGACCAGGUGAAGGAUCGUGGCCAAUGGACCAACAAGAUGGAGUUUGUGCUGUCAGUGGCUGGAGAGAUCAUUGGCUUAGGCAACGUCUGGAGGUUUCCCUAUCUCUGCUACAAGAAUGGAGGUGGAGCUUUCUUCAUCCCCUACUUCAUCUUCUUCUUCAGCUGUGGCAUCCCAGUGUUCUUCCUGGAGGUGGCACUGGGCCAGUAUAGCAGCCAGGGGAGUGUGACUGCUUGGAGGAAGAUCUGUCCCCUCCUCCAAGGCAUUGGCAUGGCCUCUGUGGUCAUCGAGUCUUAUUUGAACAUCUACUACAUUAUCAUCCUUGCCUGGGCUCUCUUCUACCUGUUCAGCUCCUUCACCUGGGAGCUUCCCUGGACAACCUGCACCAACUCGUGGAACACAGAGCACUGCGUGGACUUUCUGAAUCACUCAUCGGCCAGAGGAGUGAGCUCUUCUGAGAACUUUACCUCGCCUGUCAUGGAAUUCUGGGAGAGACGGGUUUUGGGUAUUACAUCGGGCAUCCACGACCUGGGGUCCCUGCGUUGGGAGCUGGCCUUGUGCCUCCUGCUUGCCUGGAUUAUCUGCUACUUCUGCAUCUGGAAGGGGGUCAAGUCCACAGGCAAGGUUGUUUACUUCACAGCCACUUUUCCCUACCUGAUGCUGAUUAUUCUUCUGAUCCGGGGUGUCACCCUUCCUGGAGCCUACCAGGGCAUCGUCUUCUACCUGAAGCCAGACUUGCUCCGUCUCAAGGACCCCCAGGUGUGGAUGGAUGCGGGCACCCAGAUCUUCUUUUCCUUUGCCAUCUGCCAGGGGUGCCUGACAGCCCUGGGCAGCUACAACAAGUACCACAACAACUGCUACAGGGACUCCAUCGCCCUCUGCUUCCUGAACAGUGCUACCAGCUUCGUGGCUGGGUUUGUUGUCUUCUCCAUCUUGGGCUUCAUGUCUCAGGAGCAGGGAAUACCCAUUUCUGAAGUGGCUGAGUCAGGUCCUGGGCUGGCCUUCAUUGCCUUCCCCAAAGCUGUCACCAUGAUGCCUUUGUCCCAGCUGUGGUCCUGCCUCUUCUUCAUCAUGCUCCUGUUUCUAGGGCUGGACAGCCAGUUCGUCUGUAUGGAGUGCCUGGUGACCGCUUCCAUGGAUAUGUUCCCUCAGCAGCUCCGAAAGAGUGGCCGGCGGGAGCUGCUGAUCCUCGCUAUCUCUGUUUUGUGCUACUUGAUGGGGCUCCUUUUGGUCACAGAGGGCGGGAUGUAUAUCUUCCAGCUCUUUGACUACUACGCCUCCAGCGGCAUAUGCCUACUCUUCCUCUCCUUGUUUGAGGUGAUCUGCAUUGGCUGGGUGUAUGGGGCCGACCGUUUCUAUGACAACGUGGAAGACAUGAUUGGCUAUCGGCCAUGGCCCUUGGUGAAGAUCUCCUGGCUCUUCCUGACUCCUGGCCUUUGCCUGGCCACUUUCUUCUUCUCCUUGAGCAAGUAUACACCUCUCAAAUACAACAAUGUCUACAUGUAUCCUUCUUGGGGAUACUCCAUUGGAUGGCUCUUGGCUUUCUCCUCCAUGGCCUGUGUCCCACUCUUUAUCAUCAUCACCUUCCUGAAGACCCAGGGCUCCUUCAAGAAGCGUCUUCGAAGACUCAUCACACCAGACCCCAGUCUGCCCCAGCCAGGGCGGCGCCCACCACAGGAUGGCUCCUCUGCUCAAAACUGUUCGUCCUCUCCAGCCAAACAAGAACUCAUUGCCUGGGAGAAGGAGACUCAUUUGUAGGAAGUGCCAGAGGCCAGGUGACUCCAGAGCCAGGAACCUGGUCAAGGCUAGCUCCUCCCAGGGGUAACCUCUGCUGCACCCUGCUGUGACCUCUCAGGUCUCCGGACACCCCUGCCAGUCUUCUGGGAGCCACUCUUCUGUUCAGCUGGAACAGCUUGUCACCUCUCAGUCCUUUCCAAGUGAGCUCUAGGAAGCUGAGUCUGCCAAGUGUUUUGAACUCAACAUCUUGACUUUCUGGAUUAAAAAACUAAGAACCAGACAGGCAAAGUGAUAUUUUCAAGGUCACACAGCCUGUCAGAGCCCUAGACCUUCCUUGAACUUGCUGCUCUCAGCUGAGGCGUGUGAGCCUCCAGCAUCACCCCUGCAGCAGCUAACAAGCCUGCAUGGAUCACCUGCUGUGA